AUGAAAAUAAAACAUAUCAUAUUUGGUUUCGCAGCUCUUUUAAGCUUUUUAUGCUCUUUUUAUUCAGCUGUAUGUUUGCUAUUAUUUUUGUCUUCAUCUAAAGAAGACAAAAACAGUAACAAAAAUUCUACUGCUCAUUUAGAACAUGAUUUAUUGGAGGCAGUAUAUUCUUUAAUUAAAGAUUAUGCUUUAUUAGCUCUUUUUAUAAUUCAACACUCAUGUAUGGCAAGUUCAACUUACAAAAAGUUUAUUGAACGUAUUAACCUAGGGGUUAUAGAAAGAAGUAUUUAUAACUUUGCAACAUCUUUAUGUAUAUUAUUAUUGAUUAAUCAAUGGAAAUAUGUUAACACCUAUAAAUUAUGGGACCUGCCAACUGAAUCGUAUCCAAUUAUAAAUUCUGGAAUUUUUAUUUUCCAUUUAAUUUCAUGGUCUGUGAUUUAUGGUGGCAGUUUAUUGAUGGAUACUCCAGAAAUAUUUGGAAUCAAACAAGUAAUUUAUGAUGUCAAAGGUUUAUCUUGCCCAAUAGCUUAUAAAUCAAGAGAGUUAAGAAGACUUUAUCAGCAUAUGCGUCAUCCUUCAUUUAUAGCUUUGUUUGUUAUAUUUUGGUGUACACCAGUGAUGAGUCUCGAUAGACUACUGCUUGCCUCAAUGUGGAGUCUGUAUAUGCUUCUUGGAUGGAGAACAGACAGUUUUGAUGUGGAUUAUCAAAAGGAUCAAUUAGAUAGAAAACGACAUGAAUUACAUAGACUUUUGCAAGAAAACAAUUAAUUUAUUA